UUGUUGCUGGAUGGCGGAACCGGGCGGAACACGCACUCCUGAGUUGUAACCAUAGACUGUGGUUGUAACGAGGCUUCUUUCAAGUCUAGUUAAUAAUAGUGUCGGACUGUACAGCUGUACAGCUUUCUGCGUGGACAGACACGGAGUCCGUUGAGAAAACACGAGUACUUUGUUUGUUUUUGUGUCUGUUUGUGUGUUCGUCGAGAAGUGCUAAGAUGUGCACACAGACGAGGGCUGCUGCUCUGAUGGCGAACAUCCCGCAGGCUGACAUCGACCCGUCCGGCGUCUUUAAGUACGUCCUGAUCCGAGUCCACAGCAAAGAGGAGGGAGACGACUCGGAGGUAGAUAUAGUUCGAGGAUACGGCUGGGCUGAGUACCAUGCUGAUAUCUACGACAAGGUUUCUGAGGAGCUGGAAAAGGAUGGAUACCUGGACUGUGAGUGUGUCGGAGGAGGAAGGAUCAAACAUGAUGCCCAGGCUAAGAAGAUCCAUGUUUAUGGAUACUCCAUGGGAUUUGGAAGAGCAAAUCACGCAAUAACUACUAAGAAGCUGAAGGUUCGGUAUCCUGACUACGAGGUGACCUGGGACAAUGAAGGAUACUGAAUGGACUUUGAUGGACCCUCUUUCUCCUGGACUGACAAGGCACUUACUCCAAACCCUCAUAAGAGGGGACGGCUUGUCAAUCAAAGCCACACACAAUCUAACAAGGAUAUUUUUGACACCACAUUAAUAAAAACAAAACCCUAGACUGAUCAACAGUGACAGAUCUGAUUAGAGAAACAAGGCGUCUUAGUCUUAUAUUCAUGUCACACUGGAGUGAGGAAAUAGACAACUUGAAACUAAAACAAUAUUUUUGUUAAAUUAGGAGUUUAGGAAGUGUUCUACUCAUGGGAUAAUGAUGGAUUAAAUAACUGGUCCUGACAGGUUUGUUGUCACUCACUGACUUGUUUUAGAGUCACAUAGCGUUAUUGAAUGGACAUUUUUACUCAAAUAUAUUGGAACGUGAACCUUCAAUUCUUGGUCCUGGUGUUUUUUUUUUCAUACAUGUUUCCUGAAGUUGACUGUUUACAAACCGUGUGCCUUCCUGUGUGGCAGGAAAAUGAAAACUCUCUCCAUCUCUGCGUCUCUAAAUUUAGCCAACAUGAACUUUUUUCCUGCCGACGACCAAACUGAGCUGUGACAAAAUGUUACGGCUCUAAAUAAUGUCGAACCCCAAAUGACUGGAGGGUCUCUAAUUUAUUUCCCUAAAUGAUUUAGGAAGAACCUCUUUUUUUUCAUUUUGCAUACUAAAGUUGAAAUGUAGAGAAUAAAGGUCGCAUGAUAAGAAUGA